AUGGAUACAGCCUCCCUGCAUGUCAGACCCUCAACAUCCAAUGAAAACGUUGGCAAUGUGGGGCGGAGCAGCUUGUACAAUACAGUCUUCAACUCCAAGAAACCUUCGCCCAAAAGGCCGCAAGGCAACAAAGGCUCCCUAGACCAUCAGGUCUUCUGCGGAGUGAGGAUCCCAGUGGAAUCAUUUCACGUUCCUGAGACGGAAGUCGGGCAUCUCCCUCUGCUGUGGCAGGGAAACAUCAAGCUUGCCUCAGGGAGGAUCCUCAAUGUGCGAGUCGUUCACGUGGAGGGGUGGGACCUUGACCUCAUGCUUACGGUCGAAAACUCCUUGACGCCCAUGGCCACCCUCGGCCUUCACAACAUCGCCGGUAAGGAGCACUCAGACUGCGGAUUGGAUGCUCUCGUCAGAUCGCCGAAUCGCAUCGUGAGCAUAUUGCUGCCAGGGUCAGAGGCAGAUGCAUUUUCUGAACUUAAGACUUGCGUGCAUGAGAAAUCGAUCGAUCUUGGAACUCCGGCAUUGCUAGGUUUGAUCAUUCCGCCAAAGAACAAGUUGCACAGAGAGCUGAUAGUAGGCUGUGCGCAACCGUUGAUGGUCAUCUGGUCUACGAGCGGUUGGCAGAAAGAAGGUUGA